CAACCAACAAGGUUGACGUUUGGUUGAAGCACCAAGAAUCACCAUGACGACUCCAGUGGCAGCGAUCGUGGACCUACAGGAACGUUUGGCCAAGCUGGCACCGAAGCUUGCACUGCAACCCAUGCCAAAGAUCGCAGUGGCCAAGGGAAAGCAUGGCACGAAGACCUCUAGCGCCCUUCGAGGCGUCGACCUCUUGCUCGCACUCUGCGCAACAGACGACCAGCGAGAACAAGUCGUUGAGCUGGUCGAGAAGUACAACCCAUCCGAGCUGGAACUGGCGUUGACAGGCGCAUUUGACGCCAAGACGAACAAGUUCAACUUGACCAAGGCCGUGUUCUUGACCGAUGACCAACUGGUUGUACACAGAUUUGUAGAACUGAUCGAAUUGCAGCUGGAAGACCCAGAGAGUGCCGCGGGGAGUGUGGCACUUCUGCUGACGGAGAACGGUCACAGCGCCGCCGAUACGCAUGUUGCCGAAGAGUGCCUCACGAUUGCCUACGCGUUGCAAACACUGCUUCGGGCGUUCCCCAGCAUUCCACUGGCGAUUCAAGGCCUCGCCGUUGAGAUUGACGAUGCCACCAACAUCGUGGACGUGUUUGGCCCGCUGUUUUUCGCUCCCAAGAAGGCCAAGAUAUCAGACAAGAAGCACACGAUGGAAGCAUCACACACGCCAAAGAAACGAAAAAAUAGAGUGUAAUUAAUGCAACUUGCUUCGUUUGAAUGUGGAA